UUGUUUCUUAGCUUUUGGAAGAGAAUAUCUAAUUCUUCUCUCUUAUUUUACCCUAAUUCAAAACAUCUUAUACUCUCUCUCUCUUUUCUUUCUUCUCUUCUUCUUUUUCAACCUCUUUCCUUUAGAAUCUGUUUCAUGAUAAAAAGGGUUGAUCCCUAAUGGCUUCAUCUUCUAGGAUUAUGGACAAACCCCAUCACCACCAACAACAACAAUCGUCAUCAGGUACUCUAAAGUGCCCUCGUUGCGAUUCUUCCAACACCAAAUUUUGUUACUACAACAACUACAGCCUCUCUCAACCAAGGCACUUUUGCAAAGCUUGCAAACGCUAUUGGACUCGCGGUGGAACCCUAAGAAAUGUCCCUGUAGGUGGCGGUUGUCGAAAGAACAAGCGCCUCAAAACUUCUUCCUCCUCCUCCACCUCAGUCAACGCUAAUUCUACGUCACCUCCAAGUCAAAACCCUCGCCUUCUUAUUCACAACCCCAUCAAUUCUACUACUGUUCCUAAUAUUGUUUCUUCAUCAGCUUUAAAUCAUACCAAUAGCUCAAUGUUCUUUGGGUUGGAUUCCAUUGGUGGUGGUAGUGGUGGUUUAGGGUUAUCUUCUUCUGGCCUUCUCUCCCACUUCAAUGAUCCACAUCAACAACCCUUCAGUUCAAAUCAUUUCCAUCACCCCACCAUCUCCUUUGACCGAAAUUCCCACCUUUUAGGUAAUAUCGAUCCAAAUUUGAUGACUUCGAUGAAGGAAAUCAAGAUUGAGGAUUUGAACAGGUUGUGCCAGAAUCAAACGGAACAAAUUGAUCUAUCGAACUUCUCCGACCCAUCUUCGAUCUAUUGGAACUCGGGAACGACGACAGUGACGGGGAAUUGGCACGAUCCGACAAACUAUAAUGGGUCGUCAGUUGCUUCUCUAUUCUAGCUAGUAUGUGUAUUUGUAUCUCCCUCUCUAUUUUUAGAGGAAAAAAGAAUAAAGGUUGAGGAGCAAAGACGAGAGGAGUGGGAUCGGAGCGAUCAUGUCAGCUGCAACAAAAGCUCUCAAAAUCCUUCAAAAUUUAUCCAUGUUGGUUUGAGAAUUUUAUAGGUAAUUGCGCUGAGAGGAACCUCGGAUCCUCUUUCAUUUCGUCACUUUAAUUAUAAAAACAUCUCUUUUUUUUUUCCUUUUACUUUUGAACAACAACUUUCUUCAUAUCCUUAGUUCGAUUCCAAUUUCAACAUAUAGAAAUUAGAUGAGACCUAAUUAGCUCAUUCGAGGUGUGUGUUUAAUGAAUUACAUGCAUGUGUUUCAAAGGAUCGGAUACUUUUUCUUUUUCUUUUUUGGGGCGGGGGAGGGGGGUAUAUAAUACUUAAGGGUAUAGGGAGAGAUGAUAAGAGGGAGAUUUGUUAUUUUGUAAUGGUGAUUAAUUAUGAGAUUUAUAUUCUGUUAAGUUUAAUGUUAAUUAUAUCUAUGUUAUAUUA